UUGCUUUCGUUGUUAAUACAAGCUUAACGCGUAGUUUUUAACCAUUUGUUCGCUAUGGCCAUUGCCACCGUUCUGAUCUACUUCAUCAUUAUUUUAUCUACGCUAGCCGUUUACUUUGUGAAGAAACGUUUAAAUUACUGGAAAGAUCAGGGUAUCCCCCAUGAUGAGCCAAGUCUUUUGACCGGCAAUUUUCAAGGUCUUAUGACCAAACGCAGCGUUGCCGAUUGCACUCGCGAAGUGUAUGAGAAGUACAAGGGUUCUGGGCCUUUUUGUGGAUUUUAUUUCUUCCAACGGCCUGCUGCCUUGCUAUUGGACAUGAAUUUAGUGAAGCAUGUGCUGAUUAAAGACUUUUCAAAAUUCACCGAUCGCGGCCUGUUCCACAACGAGAAGGGUGAUCCCCUAACCGGCCAUUUGUUUCUUUUGGAUGGAGCGAAAUGGAAAAAUUUACGCCAUAAAUUGUCACCCACUUUUACCUCAGGCAAAAUGAAGUUCAUGUAUCCCAUCAUAACAGAUGUGGCAGAGAAUUUUGUACAGGUCUUCGCCGAAAUGAGUGAGAAAAGCAACAUUGUGGAAAUCAAGGAGUUGCUGGCCCGUUUCACCACCGAUAUCAUAGGGAGAUGUGCCUUUGGCAUUGAGUGCAAUAGUCUUAGGGAUCCCAAUGCGGAAUUUCGCAUUAUGGGAAGGCGAUCAAUGACGGAGCGUAGACAUGGGAAUUUUUUGAAUGGUUUCAUACAAGGCUUUCCUUCCCUGGCUCGCAAACUCAAUAUGGCCAUGGUCAAGGAUGAGUUUACGGAAUUCUUUAUUCGCAUUGUUCGUGAAACUGUGGCCUAUCGCGAACAGAAUAACAUCAAGGCCAAUGACUUUCUUAGCAUUUUGAUGGAGCUCAGAGAUGGUGAAGGAAAAGAAAACAAAAUUUCAAUGACUUUAGAGGAGAUGGCUGCGCAGUCGUUUGUAUUCUUCCUUGGAGGUUUUGAGACCUCCUCAUCAACCAUGGGAUUUUCUUUAUACGAAUUGGCCGUACAUUCAGAUAUACAGCAAAAAUUGCGUGAGGAAAUUAAUGAGGUUUUCGAUGGAGAGGGUAAAACAACUUAUGAGGCUAUACAUGACUUACCGUAUUUGGGUAAAGUGAUAUCAGAGACUCUCCGUAAAUACCCCAUUUUGCCACACUUAAAUCGCCAAGCUUUGGUGGACUAUGUUGUGCCGGGCCAUCCCAAAUAUGUCAUCAAGAAAGGCAUGCCCGUGGUAAUACCCGCCUUUGCUAUGCAUCGUGAUCCCGAAAUAUACCCAGAACCGGAAAAAUUCGAUCCUGAACGUUUCGAUGAGGACAAAGUUAAACAACGUGAAACUGUUGAAUUUCUAGCUUUUGGCGAUGGUCCUCGCAACUGCAUUGGCAUGAGAUUUGGUUUGAUGCAAUCACGAGUGGGAUUGGCCUAUUUGUUGCGUCAUUUCAAAUUUUCCGUGUGUGAAGAGACUAAAGUCCCUCUAGUCUUGGAUAAGCGGUCAUUUGUGCUAUCGAGCAAGGAUGGCAUAUUCUUGAAGGUGGAAAAGGUGUAAGAUACUCGUAACAUAUACGAAUAUUUAAAUUUUUUUAUUUACAUUUACACUAGAUUA